AUGUCGCUCAUUGAAAUGGAUGAUAUAGCUAAUACUCUGGGUUAUGCCCCAUAUAUUGGAUUUUACUACAAACUUCCUGGGUUGGAUUUGGACAAAGGGCUAGUACAUAUGAGCAGUGAUGAACAUGUAUUGGAUAUAGGCAAAAACAAUCAUUCUGUUGAUGGUGAUCACCCAAUUAAUGACUAUGGCAUAGGGGAUGGGGUAGCAUCAGAAUCUGAAUGCAGUGAAUAUGAAGAUUUAGUUGAUAGUGAUUAUGAAAGUGAGUAUGAUGACAUGUUGUAUGAGACUUGUGUUGAUCAUGAAGCUGAAUGGACUGGAUUGAAAAGUAACAGCCAAAAAACAACG